CGGCUUAUUUGUGCUGGAGGCGGAGCAGCGCAUGAUGAGACACACUGACAGUCCAAAGAGCGGAAGUUACUCGAGUAAAUACAUCAAACGCGUCUUUCAUUGUUUAUUUAUGCUCUUUUGGACAUUUCAUUGAUUGUAACAGCGCCGAUGGAGUGUCAGUUUAAAGAGGGGCCCGUACUGCAUAUUGUAGUGGUUGGAUUUCAUCAUAAGAAGGGCUGUCAGGUAGAGUUCUCAUAUCCUCCCAUCAUUCCCGGUACGGCUCAUGACAGUAACACACUCCCAGAGGAAUGGAAGUACUUGCCAUUCCUGGCCCUGCCAGAUGGUGCGCACAAUUACCAGGAAGACACUGUUUACUUUCAUUUACCUCCUCUGGAUGAACACAUGAAAUGUGUUUAUGGGGUUUCCUGCUACAGACAGAUAGACGCAAAGGCACUGAAGGUGCGAGAGGCCGAUGUCACGAGAGAGACUGUCCAGAAGAGUGUGUGUGUGCUCAGUCGAAUGCCUCAGUUUGGUCUAAUACAGGCUAAACUCCAGCUCAUAACUCACGCUUACUUUGAGGAGAAAGAUUUCUCACAGAUCUCCAUACUAAAGGAGCUGUAUGAUCAUAUGAACAACUCUUUAAGCUCUACAGCGCUCGAGGGAUCACAGAUCUUUCUGGGCUUGUCUGCCAGAGAUUUGAUUCUGCACUUUAAACACAAGGUUCUGAUUCUUUUCAAACUGAUUCUGCUAGAAAAGAAGAUCCUGUUUUAUGUGACUCCAGUGAAGAAAUUGGUUGAAACUCUGAUGACCAUCCUGUCAUUGUUCCCAGGUAUGAUAGAGCACGGGCUGGCUGAUUCUUCUCACUAUCAAACCAGGAAGAGUGUAUCAGAGGACUUCAGUCCGCCAGAAAUCAUCUCUGCAGAUGAAGAAUCGCUCUCCAUUUCUGUAACUGAUAUCACUGACACACUCAAAGAAUUUGAGUGCAAGUAUGACAUCAGCAACCAAACAGAGCAAUCAGAGACUAUUAACACUACCCAAGAUGCACUCCAGCUUCAGCCCCCCAAGCGUAGCUCUCCGGAGUCCUCAGAGAGUGAAUGGGAGACGCUGGAGCCUCAAAUGUUGGAUGAGCCAGAAAGCAGUGCGAAGAAAGCGAAUUCAGACCAUUCAGAGAAAUUUGAUGCAGAUUCAGGGCUGCCGAUCACAGUCCAGCCACAGUCGGCGACAGGGCAGGGCACACUGAUGCAGGGCCUGGUGUCUGGACUGCAGGAGGACCAGUAUGGACUACCACUUGCUAUCUUUACAAAGGGUUACCUGUGCCUGCCUUACAUGGCACUUCAACAGCACCACCUUCUGUCAGACGUGAGUGUACGAGGUUUUGUUGCCGGGGCGACCAACAUCUUGUUCCGUCAGCAACGACACCUGAGUGAUGCUGUUGUAGACGUGGAUGAAGCUCGUAUUCAGAUUCAUGACCCAGAGCUGCGCAAAAUACUGUAUUUGAGUACAGCUGAUCUGCGAUUCGCUGAUUAUCUGGUUAAACAUGUCACCGAAAACAAAGAGGACGUGUUUCUGGAUGGGACAGGCUGGGAGGGUGGAGACGAGUGGAUACGGGCGCAGUUUGGACUAUAUGUGCAUUCACUCUUAUCUUCUACACUGCAGCAAGCUCUCCUUGAAUAAUUACAAAUCUACCAGCUGGAUCCUUGAUGAUAUCCUGAACUUGAAAAGGCACAGAUUUAUGUAUCAAAAUCAUAACUCCCCUGGCUUGUGUGGUAUAACAUGCUGAGAAACCUGCCCAUGCCACCGCCUCUCUAUUUUCACAACAUCUUCCUUUGUCAUGUGUGUCUCUUGCAAGAACACCACUGUUGCAUGUAGUUGCUUGAUUCUAUGCAUCACCUGUUUAAUUUACACAAACCUCUGCAAUUCCAAGACAGAAAUUUAAUUCUAACUGCUUGUGACAUUUCUUUAAUAUUAUGUCAAAUAUUGCCUUAAAGCACUCAUGGUUGUCGAGUAACAGGAAGCCAAACGAAAAUUAACAUAACAAAAGUGUAACAUAACAUGAAUUCACCCCACACGAUCCCUAUAUUUUACCGAUAACCCCUGUAUCAGUAACCCCUCCCCCUCGAUUUACUUCUUGAAUGGUAUUUCUCCGCUCACGCUAUUGUGAAAACGUAUCAAACUCUCUAAUUUCUUCUUUGUACUAUUUCAACUCCCAUUACUACUUUAUACCCACAUAAUAGUAUAUUCCUAACUAAAUUAUAAUUUCCCCCUCAUAGUGCCAUUUCGUCAAAACCUAUACUCAAAGGCUGUAUUUCUCCUCCAUAACAUACAUAGUCCCAAUAACAACUCAUGUAACUUGGGGGGGGGGGGAUAAAAACCAGAGUCCCUUUGUACCCAAUUAAACUAUUCACAUAAUAACAAAAAUAUUUAUACUUAUAAUCAGCCUAUUUUCAAAACCAACCUAAAUUAUUUUUUUCUUGUAAAUUUGCAGUUCAUGGAGUGUAACAAUAGCACCCUCUUCUGGUCAUCAAGAGUAUCAAUUGACCCAAAAAGUCUUCAGCUCACCAUAUCUUGUCUGUUUUUGUUUGUCAGUUUUCUUGAUAAUGCUAAUUAUCACUUCCAACAGAUUGAAUUUCUUGGGUGCAUUAACAAUGUAAAUAAAAUAAACAUCCCGUUCAGGGCUUGUUUGAUCCGUGAGAGAUUCAGUUUGUAUUCUACAAAUUACUUGCUAGCAUGUAAUUUUCCACUUCUUCUGGGCUGUUCAAUGUCACGAUACAAUCUCCAUGCGUAAGAAGCAGCUGAGCUGGAAAAAUUAUUCUAUGUCGGCUUAUUCCCUUGUCACGUAACUUGACGAACUGCAUCGUAGCUUCUCUGCUUUCUCUGGACCUUGGCAGAUAAGUCAGAGAUCUCUCCACCAUCUUCUUCCCCCGUCUCGUCAUGUUCAUUAGAACUCUCAGGGUCUGAGGGCACAUUUUGCAUUUCAAUGCCCAAUUUCCCUUGACUUUUAAUCUUUUUUUCGACGGCAUUAUUGCGGCGGUUCUUAUGCCACUCUCACCAGUACUGAUUAAGUGUUGUGUGUGUGUUUGAAAAGAAUUAAAUUACAGCUAACGUACGAGGGUUUGAAACUGCGUCCUCUCACUCUGACACCAUAACCGGAAGUCCACCGAAUCAACAUUUAACAUUUAACCCACACUAAUAUCCCUCCCCAGUCACCAACCCCACCCUAACCCCCAACAAACACCCCUGUGGUCACAUAAAAUACACACACAAAAUUAAAAUAAAAAAAAAUAAUUAUAUAUAUAAUAAACAUACAUAAUUAAACUAGACCUCUCUCUCCCCAUCCCUCCCCCGAGAAUCCCCCAAAACCGCUAAAUAAUUGUUGAAAAAAAGGCCCCCAAACCCCAGCCUUCUACUUGCCACCUCCUCGAAAGCUGCCACCCUACCCAUAUCCGCACACCAGUCCGGAAAUUGCCCCAUCGCCCAAAAUACAAAGUCUGGGGCCCAAAAAUUUGAGUGCCCAAAACGUCACACAAACAACUCUGAACCUUCAACCAAAAUUCUUGGGUCUUAACACACGCCCAAAAGACAUGGGUUAUGUCUCCAACUUCUGAUUGGCAUCACCAGCAGGUGGGUGUGUCUUCAAGACCAAGCCUAUACAAUCUAGAGGGGGUCCAAUAAAAUCUUUGUAAAAUCUUGAAUUGCAUAAGGCGAACCCUUGCAUCUCUAGAUGCAGACUUGAAAUUGUUUUGAAUCCUGGCCCACACUCCCUCCUCCAAUACCAAAUUAAAAUCUUUCUCCCAUAAUAUCUUGAGAAGUUGAAGCUCUGUCCCCCAGACUCUGAAUUUGCGGAGAGUAAUACACUGAUGCCUCAU